AUGGUGGAGCGAAGCAAGCUGGCGGGCAAAGGCGACGCGGCCGAGCGCGAAAAGGACCGUCAUCAAGCCCGCAGCCUGAGCACAGGCGCUGCGACUGCGACUGCGACUCCGACUGCAGGAGUCGGGAAGAACCCGAAGAAGAGACGCAAGGUUAACCAUGCGUGCGUGUACUGUCGCAGAUCUCACAUGACAUGCGAUCUCGAGCGGCCGUGUACGAGAUGCAUUAAGCGAAACAUUGGCCAUCUCUGCCACGAUGAGCCGCGCGAGUCAGAUCCUAAGAAGAAGACGGCCGGCAGCAAAAACGCAUCGACCGCAUCCGUAGAGGACUCGGACACCAUGUCCCAGUCCGAUCUGGGCCACAGCUCCAUCUCCAGCGCCAUGGGACCGCCGCCGACCUUUGAUGGCGCGAGACAGAGGCCAAACUCGGGCCUUGGGGCUGGAGGCGUGCUCGCCCAGGCCAGUCCAUUGUCCCUUGUGCAACCCGACGCUUCGUCAGGCCUGCAGGCCAACGCGUUGAAUAACAAUGGUAACGCGAAUCAAUUUGCCGGCUUCUCGGACGCUUGGUUGACGGCGCAAAAUUACAAUGACAUGAAUACUUAUAAUCCAAACUAUAUGAUCGGACCCGACGUCACUCACGAGUUCAACCUUCUCAACGACUUUUUGCACAACAGCAUCCUGGACGAGGGCGGUGUCGAGGCCCAGCAGAAUGCUGCCUUUAACCGGCCAGGAGGACCUUCGGAGAUGGUCUCCGGCUAUGGUGGUGGCGGCGGCGGCGGCGGCUUGCCGGGCGGCUCUAUAGCUGCCGGCCACGCGCCGGGAUCUAUGCUGCCCCCUCCGAAUACGGAUAACAAAGCAGUGGCCCGGUCUGAUAAAGAAAAGACGCGAGAGUACUAUCUACAGGCAGCCGAUCCUUCUGGGAAUGACAACCCGGAGGAGCGCAUGUCUCGCGUGCUCAAGGCCAAGUACGAUGCCGGCCUGCUCAAGCCUUUCAACUACAUCAACGGCUACGCGCGGCUGGGCAAGUACUUGGACGGGCACAUUGCGUCCACGUCCAAGCAGAAGAUCCUGCGGACCAUCAACCAGUUCCGGCCCAAGUUCAGGGAGAAGGCACAGGGCCUGACGGACAUGCAGCUGGUGUAUGUAGAGAUGUGGUUCGAGAAGCAGCUGAUGGAUUACGACCGCGUGUUUGCCAGCAUGGCGGUGCCGGCGUGCUGCUGGAGGCGAACGGGCGAGAUCUUCCGGGGAAACAAGGAGAUGGCGGAGCUGAUCAAUGUGCCGGUGGAUCGGCUGCGAGACGGCAAGAUUGCGCUCCACGAGAUCCUGACGGAAGAGUCCAUGGUGCGGUACUGGGAGGAGUUUGGCACCAUUGCCUUUGAUCCGGCGCACGACACGCUGCUGACGGCGUGCUCGCUCAAGAACCCCAGCGACUCGUCGGAUCAUCCCAUCGUCAAGUGCUGCUUUUCCUUUACAAUCCGCCGUGAUGAGCACAAGCUGCCCGCGUUGAUUGUUGGCAACUUUUUACCGCACGACCCCCCUGUACAGUGA